ACUCAAUAUCUCCAUUCCCACCCUCAAUUCAUACUCACACAUUCUCCCCCCAUUUCUGCAGAGUCACAAAGCAAGCAAUGGCAAUGGCACUGCAAACAACGCUGGCGGCCGCCGCCACUGCAAUCUCAGCCGCCACUUCAUCCCGCACCAGUUUCGCUCCCUCAAAACGCCUGAGCAUGCAGAUCUCAAGGAGGCCAUCGCGCAGCGUAGUAAUGGCGGCAGAGGCGGCGGCGGCGGAGGCAGAGGCCCCCAAGGGUUUCGUCUCUCCUGAGCUGAAGCCCGACACACCCUCGCCGAUCUUUGGUGGCAGCACAGGCGGGCUUCUUCGCAAAGCUCAGGUGGAGGAAUUCUAUGUCAUUACCUGGGAAUCGCCUAAAGAACAGAUCUUUGAGAUGGUUACUGGUGGUGCUGCCAUUAUGCGCCAGGGCCCUAAUCUGUUGAAGCUUGCUCGGAAGGAACAGUGCCUGGCGCUGGGAAAUCGCCUUCGCUCCAAAUACAAGAUCAAUUACCAAUUCUACCGCGUUUUCCCUAACGGUGAAGUUCAGUAUUUGCACCCUAAGGAUGGGGUUUACCCUGAAAAGGCAAACCCAGGGCGUAAGGGCGUCGGCCUGAAUAUGCGCAACAUUGGCAAGAAUGUUAACCCUAUCGAGGUCAAGUUCACUGGCAAACAGCCUUAUGAAGUUUAAUAAGUAGUUCUCCUGGAUCUUUUCUCCUGUAAUUUAGCUUGUUUUUUUCUUCUUUUUUUUCUAUCAAUCAAAAUUGUUCUGUAUACUUUUGAACAACAUGAUUUGAGUGGCUGCUAAGUAAAUUAUAAUGUAUUGUUGCCUUUUGUGUUUGGAAAAAUAUAUUUGGAAAAUUUAAAAUGCA